GCGCGGCGCGCAGCCUCCGCCCCGGUUCGGAGCGCACGCCCGCCCGCGGCCCCGCGCGAGCUCCGUCCGCCCCGCGCCGCCGAGUCCCGCGCCCCGCGCCCCGCGCACGGCCGCCGCUGCGUCCCGACCGAGUGCGGAACCCGGCGCGAUGCGACGCUCCGAGGCGGGCCGCGCCGUGCUCCUGGCGCUGCUGACCGCGCACUUCCAGGCGAGUCCAGCGCUGGAGGAGAAGAAAGUUUGCCAAGGCACAAGUAACAAGCUCACCCAGUUGGGCACUUUUGAAGACCACUUUCUGAGCCUCCAGAGGAUGUUCAAUAACUGUGAGGUGGUCCUUGGGAAUUUGGAAAUUACCUACAUGCAAAGUAGUUACAACCUUUCUUUCCUAAAGACCAUCCAGGAGGUUGCCGGCUAUGUACUCAUUGCCCUCAACACAGUGGAGAAGAUUCCUUUGGAGAACCUGCAGAUCAUCAGAGGAAAUGUGCUCUAUGAAAACACCCACGCCUUAGCGGUCUUAUCCAACUAUGGUGCAAAUAAAACCGGACUGAGGGAGCUGCCCAUGAGAAACUUACAGGAAAUCCUGCAAGGCGCUGUGCGGUUCAGCAACAACCCCGUCCUCUGCAACAUGGAGACCGUCCAGUGGAGGGACAUCGUCAACACCGACUUUCUAAGCAAUAUGUCGAUUGAAUUUCAGAACCAGCCGGGCAGCUGCCCAAAGUGUGAUCCAGUCUGUCUCAAUGGAAGCUGCUGGGGUGCGGGGAAGGAGAACUGCCAGAAACUGACCAAAGUCAUCUGUGCCCAGCAGUGUUCUGGGCGCUGCCGCGGCAGGUCCCCCAGCGACUGCUGUCACAACCAGUGCGCCGCCGGCUGCACGGGGCCGCGGGAGAGCGACUGCCUGGUCUGCCGCAGGUUCCGAGACGAAGCCACAUGCAAGGACACAUGCCCGCCGCUCAUGCUGUACGAUCCCACCACCUACGAGAUGAAAGUCAACCCGAUGGGGAAGUACAGCUUCGGCGCCACCUGUGUCAAGAAGUGCCCCCGUAACUACGUGGUGACAGACCACGGCUCAUGUGUCCGCGCCUGUAGUUCUGACAGCCAGGAGGUGGAGGAGGACGGCGUGCGCAAGUGUAAAAAGUGCGACGGGCCUUGUGGCAAAGUUUGUAACGGAAUAGGAAUUGGUGAGUUUAAAGACACACUUUCCAUAAAUGCUACAAAUAUUAAACACUUCAGAAACUGCACCUCGAUCAGUGGAGAUCUUCACAUCCUGCCGGUAGCAUUCAGGGGUGAUUCCUUCACACGGACUCCACCUCUGGACCCCAAGGAACUGGACAUUCUGAAAACUGUAAAGGAGAUAACAGGGUUUUUGCUGAUUCAGGCCUGGCCUGAAAACAGGACUGGCCUCCAUGCUUUUGAGAACCUGGAAAUCAUACGUGGCAGGACGAAGCAACAUGGUCAGUUCUCUCUUGCGGUUGUCGGUCUGGAUAUAACAUCCUUGGGAUUACGCUCCCUCAAGGAGAUAAGCGAUGGAGAUGUGAUCAUUUCAGGGAACCAAAACUUGUGCUACGCAACUACAAUAAGCUGGAAGAAACUCUUUGGGACUUCAAGUCAGAAAACCAAAAUUAUAAACAACAGGAGUGAAAAAGAGUGCAAGGCCAUGGGCCACAUCUGUAACCCACUGUGCUCAUCCGAGGGCUGCUGGGGCCCGGAACCCAAAGACUGCGUGUCCUGCCGAAACUUCAGCCGUGGCAGGGAGUGUGUGGAGAAGUGCAACGUUCUACAGGGAGAGCCCAGGGAGUUCGUGGAGAACACUGAAUGCGUGCAAUGCCAUCCGGAAUGCCUGCCCCAAGCCAUGAACGUGACCUGCACAGGACGCGGACCAGGCAGCUGUGUAAAGUGUGCCCACCACAUCGAUGGCCCUCACUGCGUCAAGACCUGCCCUGCUGGAGUCACGGGAGAAAACGGCACCCUGAUCUGGAAGUUUGCAGAUGCCAGUCACGUGUGUCACCUCUGCCACCCCAACUGCACCUACGGCUGUGCUGGGCCGGGUCUUGAAGGCUGUGCAACAAAUGGGCCCAAGAUUCCGUCCAUCGCCACCGGGAUCGUGGGCGGCCUGCUGCUGGUGCUGGUGCUGGCCCUGGGGGUCGGCCUCUUUCUGCGCAGGCGCCACAUCGUCCGCAAGCGUACGCUGCGCCGGCUGCUGCAGGAGCGCGAGCUUGUGGAGCCUCUGACGCCCAGUGGAGAAGCUCCCAACCAAGCUCUCUUGAGGAUCUUAAAGGAAACAGAAUUCAAAAAGGUCAAGGUGCUGGGCUCUGGAGCCUUCGGUACAGUAUACAAGGGACUCUGGAUCCCAGAAGGCGAGAAGGUUAAAAUCCCUGUGGCUAUCAAGGAGUUAAGAGAAGCCACAUCUCCAAAAGCCAACAAGGAAAUUCUUGAUGAAGCCUAUGUGAUGGCCAGCGUGGACAAUCCUCACGUGUGCCGCCUCCUGGGCAUCUGCCUGACCUCCACGGUGCAGCUCAUCACACAGCUCAUGCCCUUCGGCUGCCUCCUGGACUACGUCCGUGAGCACAAGGACAACAUCGGCUCCCAGCACCUGCUCAACUGGUGUGUGCAGAUCGCAAAGGGCAUGAACUACCUGGAAGACCGGCGCUUGGUGCACCGAGACCUGGCGGCCAGGAAUGUGCUGGUAAAGACGCCCCAGCAUGUCAAGAUCACAGAUUUCGGGCUGGCCAAGCUGCUGGGCGCCGAGGAGAAAGAGUACCAUGCAGAAGGAGGCAAGGUGCCUAUCAAGUGGAUGGCCUUGGAAUCGAUUUUACACCGCAUUUAUACCCACCAGAGUGAUGUCUGGAGCUACGGAGUCACCGUUUGGGAGUUGAUGACCUUUGGGUCCAAGCCUUACGACGGAAUCCCCGCGAGUGAGAUCUCCACCGUCCUGGAGAAAGGAGAGCGCCUCCCACAGCCGCCCAUCUGCACCAUCGACGUCUACAUGAUCAUGGUCAAGUGCUGGAUGAUAGAUGCAGACAGUCGCCCAAAGUUCCGCGAGUUGAUCAUUGAAUUCUCCAAAAUGGCCCGAGACCCCCAGCGCUACCUUGUCAUCCAGGGGGACGAGAGGAUGCAUUUGCCAAGCCCGACGGACUCCAACUUCUACCGCGCCCUGAUGGAGGAAGAGGACAUGGAGGACGUCGUGGACGCUGACGAGUACCUCAUCCCGCAGCAGGGCUUCUUCCACAGCCCCGCCACCUCCCGGACGCCCCUCCUCAGCUCUCUGAGCGCCACCAGCAACACUCCCACUGUGGCUUGCGUCGAUAGAAACGGGCAGAGCUUUCCCCUCAAGGAAGACAGCUUCAUGCAGCGGUACAGCUCGGAUCCCACUGGCACCUUGACCGAGGACAGCAUAGAAGACGCGUUCCUCCCAGCGCCUGAAUACGUAAACCAGUCUAUUCCAAAGAGGCCCGCGGGCUCUGUCCAGAACCCCGUCUAUCACAAUCAGCCUCUAAACCCGGCUCCGGGCAGAGACCCUCUCUACCAGAAUUCCCACAGCACUGCCGUGGACAACCCCGAGUAUCUCAACACCACCCAUCCCACCUGCGUCAACGGCGCGCUUGACGGCCCUGCCUUCUGGGUGCAGAAAGGCAGUCAUCAGAUUAGCCUGGACAACCCUGACUACCAGCAGGCCUUCUUUCCCAAGGAAGCCAAGUCAAAUGGCAUCUUUAAGGGUCCUGCAGCUGAAAAUGCAGAAUACCUGAGGGCAGCACCAGCAGGCAGUGACCUUACUGGGGCCUGACCAUGGAGGACGGCCUCAGCCCUAAAGAUUCCAGCCCCUACAGCCCCGAGGACCAAGCCACGGCAGCUACUCAGUCCUGAGAGCCACGCCCACGUGAACUCUGGGACCCGUGGACUGGUGUGGCCGUAUCUGCCCUGAUCAACCCAUCCUUCAACCAAGAAGUGCCCCCGACUCGGAUGCACGUUGGGACAUUGCAGGGACAUUCCUUUGUCUUCAAACUGUGAGGCUUCCCCAAAAGGCAUCUGGAAAGAAUGGUGUCCAUUUGGGCAGAAGCUCACCUUUCGAUGAGGUAUAUUUGAAAAACACUAAAUCUGCUUAAGGAGUUUUCUUGCUUGGGGACCUCUGGGGUUUUUAAUUGUCAUUGAUUUUGCUUUUCAUGGGCUUUUCCAAUGAGGAAAAAGCUUGUAGCACCUGUGGUACUGAGUUGACCCACGCCCGCCUGUGACCAAGAAGCAGGGGCCAGUCUUCCAGCCAACACUUGAUUCCAUUGGCUCUGCUUGGAGACUCUUCCAGUGCAAGACCGUUGAAUAACCAGCCAGUCAUCCGGGUCCUAAGCAGGCCCGACUGGUACUAUAUCAUCACGGCAGGUGCAAGAGGAUAAGCCACUUUGAACUCUUCCUGGGCCAGGAAGAAGCAGAGGGGGUAGAAUUCUUCCUCAGACUUCCUUUUAUAUAAAUGUCUCCGUGGUACUUACUCUCCAUUGGUUGACCAGUGUUUUCUAAUUAUAAGUAUUAGAUUUGUUUAUUUUCCAUUCCAUUGUUUUGAAAUUCAGUCUGGAUUCCGGUCAGCAAGAGGAGAUGCCAGCCAGGACCAGAUCAUAUUCGAUUCAUCAGCAUUCAGACCAGUUGCCUUUAACUGAGAUGGAAUAACAGUGCAAAAAGGAACAAAUCCCCCAAAUCUGAGUCUCAGAGGAAAUAUAUCGAGUCCUUUGGGGGUCGGGGACAGGCAUAUAUCGAGAGACUGCAAAAAUGAAGCUGCUCUUAACUCUUUUAACUUCCUCCCAGCAAAAAAAACAAAAAAAAUUGUUUCGUCUACUCAUGGAAGAUAAUUUUCUUUUUAUUUUACUUCAAGGGUUUUUUACUCAAAGGGUACUUUGCUUCUCACUAGUAAGCUGCCCCCAAAGGCCCCCCCUUGCCCUUGGUGAGCUGAAGGUCCAGGCUCUGGGGCAGCUCUGCAGGAACGUCUAGCCCUCACCUCUGCCGGCACAUUUUAGAAUAGAGACAGCAUUAUGUGUUGUAUGGAAUUCAGGUGGUAAAUAUGAACUUUGACUUUGAGAUUGACGAUAGUGCCUUCGUAACAUUCGUAGGCACGUGAGAAGGAGGAAACAAUUUCCCCUUAAAAAUAACUCCCUGUAAUUGGAGGACCCGCUACUGAGGGCAGCAGCAUUUUCUCACCCAUGUCCUCACACCCUGAUGGGUAACACAGUUCUUUGUAGACAGUGUUAUAAACACCCAUCUCAGCCAGGAAGAAAUGGUUCAGGCAGUGUUUCCAGCCUACGGUUUUGUUCAGCCACCACCAACCCCAGCCCACCCACAUGAUCUUCCUCUAGCUCGUAUUUAUUGACUCAGAUGCAUCAGAGCCCCACAGUUCUGUUACCAGAGUAUUUUAUUUUAUCCAGUUCAAUUCCAUCACAUCGUAUUCUAAAUACCCUUUAACACCUUGCCAGCCUGGCAUAGGUACUAAAGAUAAAAAAAAAUAGAUAAAACAAUCCGUGGUCCCACGAAAUUCACAAUUUGGCGAAGAAAACGGACUCCCAAGUACUCACCAUAAAACGAUAUGACAGAUGCCAGACAAGACGGGUCUGCCCAGCACUGUGACAGCACAGAACGGGGAGGGUAAGGGGGACCCAGCCCUGGAGGAGCUGUGGUCGAGUCCGGUUAAAAGACCCCCAGGGGCAUCAGCCACCAGGAAGUGGAAAGUGCAUUCCCAGCAGAGGGAGCCCGGCCACAAAAGCAUCCGCCAGAGGAACCACUCCUGCGGCAGGUUUACAGGCACAGCUGCCCCUUCCGGCCGGGGAGUUAGGCCCGCCGCGUUCCCCAAGUGCCCUUUGGGUCCGUCCCCACUGGGGAUUGGAAAAUGAUUCGAGGACAGAUUAAACAACAUUUCUAAGAAUCUGCAAUUUUAUGUCCUUGUCAGUGACCCACUUUCAUUAUUUAUUCACCUCAGAACAUAAAUACUUCAGCCUGGUAAUUAUCCAGCACUGGGAAACAGAAUGACUCACAUUCUGCUGUCACUGAUUUGUCAGGAAACAGGUGAUGAGGGAGGACCACGACAUGCUGGUCCAAUCGUAGCAGUAAAAUCCUAGUAUUUUUGUAAUUUGAACUAUUUUACUAGACCAUAAUAAAACAGCAAGAACUAUUCAAGCUUUUUCUUCUUUGUAUUUCCUGCAUGACAUCUAGUUGCUAGGUUCUCUUAAAGACUGUGUUUCCCAAAAUGUUCUCACUGUGUCUGUUCAGGGAAGUGCAGGGGGUCCUGUAAACGCUUCAGAGCCCAAGAGAGCAGAGCCUGAGUCCAGCCCGGGGGUCCCACGGAUGGUCAGGAUAGGGGCCCCCAGGGCUCCAGGAUUCCCACAUCGUGGCUCUAACUGGCCAGAUCUCAAAGUUUAACCCUCAGCCUCUUUGGUUCCUCCUAGCUGACACCAGGCCCUGAGGCCCUGCAGAGAGCCCGUCUGCUGUCUCCUCCUCAGCCAGCACCUGGAACCUUUCCCCACGGCCCAGCCCCAGACAAGGCCUUUGGAGACAGAACAGGGGAAAGUAAGAGAGGCUAACAUUUACAGCUGACCCUUGAACAACAUGGGUGGGGAUCCACAUGGACGUGCAUUUUUUCAAUCGUGAACACGACAGUACGACACGAGCCCCAGCUGGCUCAAUCCUUGGAUGAACAACCAGAAGCUCCAGAGAGCCGACUUGGUCAAGGUACAGGGGGGUCCACUGCUCAGAGGGUCAGCGCCCCAACCUGAGUCAUUCCAGGGUCAGCUGUCCAGUGGGCCUCACAUACAUCUCCCCACAGAAUCUUGGAGGAGUCCCUGUUGUCACACGCUACGAAAAAUAGUUCUGUCACCUCAGCAAGACAGAGCUGCAUCUUCCAAACUCUAAAUUUACUCUGAGUCCAGGCUGCCCCUGAUUUUAUUUUUUUUUUAAGAACUUUUAUUGAGAUACAAUUGAUGUCACUGAUUUUAUAAUGAGGAGCACAGGGGAGGCGGCAGCUCGCGCCCCAGUUGAGGACAAGGCUUAGGUAUGUGUUGCACAUCCUUAAUUUCGAGCUUUAGCUUUCCCCCGCCUGAACUGCAGACACACAUGAACUGUGAAUGGCAGAAGCACAAAGACAGCGGUCCCCAGGCUGGCUGCCUUUGUGAAUCUCCUGAGUCCCAACGGAAAAGAGUCUGAAUUUGUCUCUGGUGCAGCCCGGGCCCAGGGAUUUUCAGAGCUCCCCCCCGACCCCCGGGUGACUCUGAUGAGCACCCAAGUUUGGGGAACAGCCGUGUGAAGGAAAGGCUUUGCAGGGGAGAGCUGGCCUUGGGCUGACAGCCUCCUGCUGCUGGCGCACUCGGCACCCGCCUGGGGCCACACUCGUGAAGGACGAGGCUCUUGGGUUCCAGUGACUCACGGUUCUCAUCGUCACUGCCCACAAGGACCGCCUGUGAGUGCCAAAGGACGGAUUUCCUGGGAAUUCCAGGGGCCCCCCCAUGCGAUCCUAAUGGACAACCAGAGUUGAAAUGCUCACGUCUAAAGUCACCUUCCCUUGGACAAGCCUACGUGUCUACACCGUGUCCCCCAAGCCAGGGCAGAAUCAGACUGUGUGUGUGGAAGAGAUUCCUGAGGCAGGGCCAGAACGACCACAGACCCUGGGGUGCCUGGAGACUCGGCUGCUGGGGGCCAUUCCCAAGCCUCUAAUUUCUUGUCACCAGCCGCUAACUCAUCCUGCAAGUGGCAAAUCCCCAAAUCUGAGCCUUGAGAAAGCCCUGGACAGUUUUGUUUUCUAGGAAGUAUUAGAACAUCCAUCCACUGUUGCAGAAAAUGAGCUGCUCACCCAAAGUGAUAGCUGUUGAAAUUGCCCUUAACCUCUACUCUGCAUUUCUUUGUUCGUGAUGAACACAUUAUUACAAAAUAAUGAUCUUUGUUUUAUCCUUGCUGGAGCUGUAAAACCUUACUGACUAGAAACCCCUGCCUCUGUCACCCAUCACAUCAGCUGUAUCAGGGGCACACAUUUUUAUACUAUUAAAGACACAUUCCAACAAGAUUUUUAAAUGUAAGUCUAUUUUUGUAACUUUUUUGAGCACUGAACUUUGUAAGGUAUAUUUAUAGGAAAACGCAUUUUUCUACUAAAGGAAACAGUUUACUUUAGAAAGACUGCAAGAGAAUCAGAAUUUGAAACUGAAAUUUUUGUUUAAAGGGAUUUAACUGAAUCAAUAGAACAUUCUCUUCUCUCAUAAAAAGGCACAGCGUCACUGCAGAGCUAGGCUAGGCCGUUGUCCUGAUGAAGAGGAGACUCUUUAUAUUUAUAAAAUGAGAAAAGGGUAGAAAGCACAUUUAGUUUCUCGGUCUGAAGCAGGUUUGUUGGACUCCGGGGCAAUUCAGUGGGAAAGAAUCGCAGUUACAACUAAUAGACAACUUCAGCUGCACGCCGUCCUCCACUCGUCUGCCCAGGGGACCCUGUGAUUGAAAGAAAAACAAUAACAGAGCUCUUUGUUGGUUUCUAUGCCCCAAUCUGACUUUGAUGCAAAUUAUUUUAUUUUUGUGUUUACAAUCGAUACGCAUUUACAACAUAGACCAGAAAUACCUGCAGAGCCCUAAUAAGGUUUAGCAUCUUUGACAAACACCAACAGCGGUCUUCCAAACCAAGCACAGCCACCCUAGCGAGGAGGUUCCCAACCCCGGCUGCACAGUGAAAUCAAGGCGAGGGGAGGGGGGGAGCUCUUGAAAAUCCUAAGGCCCAGCUGUGCUUCAGGCCAGUGAAACCCAGGAUUUCUAUACUUCAUAAAGUUCCUAAAAGCAUCCUGAUGUACAGCCAAGGCUGAGAACCACCAGCCUAGGGAUUAGCCACAGGUGUGUGGACUUGCAGGCAGAUUCUGCAGGUGUAGGCACCUGAGGACUGAGAGAACUCCAAGCACAAAGACCCCAGCGAGCAUCGCCGAGUGUCCGGAAGCUGGAUGGACGGGGAGAGUCCAGGGCUCGCGCCCAAGCACUAGAGGGGAGAAGGUUAAACCAAUCAAUGGACAGGAAGUACGGACAGAUGCCUUUUCUCCACGUCCUCCGUAAAAGGAGGCCUGGUAGUGAGCAUCCUUGCUGCCUGUGUGGCCAGCGGGCUGCCCUGCCUUCAGCCGCUGUGCAGCUGUCAUGGCCCAAGGAGAAAGGAAACGCAGACCCUGCAGUUAGUCCCAAAGGGAGAUGGCAAGGAGAUCACAUGAGUAGCUGGAUGGCGUUUAUAAAAAAAAAGAGCCAACAAGAGGAUUCUUGCUUUAAGAAACACGCUUUAUAUUUUUUUAUAUAUUAUAUCUGGGAUUAAAAACUGAAGCAAUUAGUGCUAUUUUCUCUUACACAAGCACAGAACGCCCUCCGAGGUUACAAAUUCCUGUCUGAAUUGCCCACAGAAGUACUAAAAAUCCCCACCCCAUCACCUGGUAGAUAAAACGAUACAUUUUAAGGUGCAUUUACUUAUUUUUCUUUUAAAGAAACCCUUUUGACUUAAUUUGACUACAGAGUAAUCUUGCUGUAUAACAUAGACUCUUGGAAACAAAGACACACCACAAAUCUGAUGACUGAUAUUAGAGGUGACGAUGUAACUGAUUAGCCUCAGACAGCAAUAACUUCGUUCUGAAACAAGCAAGCAAUAGCUUUCAUAGCCUCUGUACAUGGUACAUUUUAACAUUAUAAAGUUUUGCUGUGAUGAAAGCAAUAUUUGUACAAACGGAAAGCAAGAUUCUCUUUUCUGUGGUUUACACUGUUGACCAAAACAUGUUGACUGUAUAUGGAGUAUUAAAAAAUUAGAUGUAUACUAUUCAUUGUUCCGUACUCAUAAGUACCUUAUAAAAAAUAAUAUUGCAUCCUUGUUAACAAUGCAGCGUUGAUAUUAAUCAUAUCUGACCAACUGUAGAUGUUCUUUCCUGACAACUUUUUAAGGUUAAUUAAUAAACUUUAUUUUU